GAGAAAGAAAGAAGAAGAGAGAGAGGGAGGGUGAACGGAAAUAUUGCUUUAUUCUGAAAAAAAAAUGGGUAUUAAUAAUGGCCAAUGUUUCAUUUAAACCUAUGAGUAGGUGUGAUGUGGUAUUGACAAGAAUGUAUAUUUUGUGUAUUUGAAGUGGAGAGCUCUAUAAAUAUUUAUUAAGUUUACUUGUUCUGGAUCUGAGUUCGAGUCCUUGAUAUCCUUAUUAAUUUUCUGUCUCACUGAAUCUAAGUCUCUUUGUAUCUGGGUGUUAGGAUCGUUAGCUCUUGUUGUUGUAUUGAUCCUUUUACCACUAUAUCUUUGUUGCUUUAAAAUCUAUUUUAUCCGCUAUGAGAAUUGCAACUCCUGCUUUUUAUUUAUUUAUUUAUUUUUCCUCUCCAUUUGGUUGGUAAAUCUUUCUCCAUUCCAUUGUUUUGAGUCUUUGUGUAUCCUUGCAUGUGAAACAGGUCUGGAUGUAACAUGCCGUUGGGUUUUGGCUGUGUCUUUUGAUUGGGGGAUUUAGUCGAUUUAUAUUUAGGGUUACUGCCAUUUGAUGUUAACUGGCUGUUUGAUCCAUUUGUUGAUGAAAAUUCUUCUUUAUGUUGGUGCUCUUUACUUUUCGGUAUAUUUUUAGUAAGGCUAAUACUGGUUGUUUCUUUGUGUGUGUAAUGCCUCUUUCAGAAGCUCUUGUAAAGCAGGCCUGGUGGUAAUAAAAUCUCUGAGUACUUGCUUGUUCAUAAAAGAUUUUAUUUUUCCUUCAGUUGUGAAGCUUAGUUUGGCUGGAUAUGAAAUUCUGGGCUGAAGGUUCUGUUCUUUGAGGAUGUUGAAUAUGGGUCCCCACUCUCUUCUGGCUUGUAGAGUUUCUGCUGAGAGAUCUGCUGUAAGUCUGAUAGGCUUGCCUUUGUGGGUAACUGACCUUUCUCUCUGGCUGCCCUUAGUAUUUUCUCCUUCGUUUCAACCCUGGUGAAUCUAACGAUUAUGUGCCUUGGGGUUGCUCUUCUUGAGGAAUAUCUUUGUGGUGUUCUCUGUAUUACCUGGGGUUGAGUAUUGACCUGCUUUGCUAGUUCAGAAAAAUUUUCCUGAAUAAUAUCCUGAAGGGUAUUUUCCAGCUUGGAUUCAUUCUCUCCGUUGCAUUCAGGUACACCUAUCAAAUGUAAAUUUGGUCUUUUACAUAGUCCCACAUUUCUUGGAGACUUUGCUCAUUCUUUUUUAUCCUUUUAUCUCUAAUCUUGUCUUCUUGUUUUCUUUCAUUAAGUUGGACUUUGACCUCUGAUAUCCCUUCUUCUGCUUGAACAAUUCGAGUGUUUAAACCUGUGCAUACUUCUCGGAGUUCCUGUAUUCUUCAGUUCCAUUAAUUCACUUAUAUUCCUCUCUAAGUUGUCUAUUUUCAAUAGGAUUUCGUCAAACCUUUUUUCAAAGUUCCUAGUUUCUUUACAUUGGGCUACAACAUGUUCUUUUAACUCACAGAAGUUUCUUAUUAUCCAUUCCCUGAAGCAUGAUUCUGUUAUUGUGAUGCGCUCGUUCUCCAUCAAGCCUUGUUCCAUUGUUGAUGUGGAACUGUGAUCAUCUUUAGAGGGAGAAGCGUUCUGAUUUUGAGUAUUCUCAGCCUUUUUACGCUGGUUUCUUCCCAUCAUUGUAAAUUUAUCCUCCUGUCAUCUUUGAAAUUACCAACUUUCAGAUUAGGUCUCUUGAUUGGACAUCCAAGUGGUUAGUUCCCAGGGCCAGAAUGGCAGCGUUAAGACUGGUGGUGCUUUUCUGCCCAGGAUUCUCCUGUCUGGCUUCCUUCUUGUGUCCGUAAUGGGUGACUCUGCCUUCCCGGGGCUCCAAACCUCGGUCAGAAGGGGAACCAGUCUCGUUUACUCUGCGCUGAGAGCUGCCGCGCUGAGGUGCUGUCACAGCCGCUGUGCAGGUCUCAGAAGUCGUGCUGGGGACCCGUGUCGGUCCUCUAAACCUCAGUCAGAAGGGGAGCCGGCCCUGUUUACUCUGCUCCGAGAGCUGCCACGCCGAGGUGCCAGCGAAACCGCUGCGCCAGCCACAAGAGUUGUGCUGGCAGCCCGUGUGGGUCCUCCACUGGGGAUCUUCUGCUCCUUAAAAAUUCAAGAUGUCCAUUUACGCUUUGAAGAUGGUAUCACCAAUCCAUCCCAUCCUUUUGCAUUUGGCAUCUGCAUUAAGAAUGUGUCCAUGCAAAAUGCUGUGAAUGAGCCUGUACAGAAACUAAUGCGGAAAAAGCAGUUAGACGUAGCUGAAUUUAGCAUCUAUUGGGAUGUUGAUUGCACUUUACUGGGAGAUUUGCCUCAGGUGGAGUUACAGGAGGCCAUGGCCAAAAGCAUGGAGAGUCGCAGCCAUCACUACGUCCUGGAGCCUGUUUUUGCAUCUGCUCUUUUGAAGAGAAACUGCUCCAAGAAGCCCCUGCGGUCUCGGCACAGUCCCCGUAUUGAUUGUGAUAUUCAGCUGGAGACCAUUCCCUUGAAACUCUCUCAGCUGCAAUACCGGCAAAUCAUGGAAUUCCUCAAGGAGCUGGAGCGAAAGGAGAGGCAGGUGAAGUUCCGAAGGUGGAAACCCAGAGUGGCGAUAUCUAAGAACUGCCGGGAAUGGUGGUAUUUUGCUUUGAAUGCUAACUUGUAUGAGAUCAGAGAGCAGAGGAAACGUUGCACCUGGGACUUUAUGUUGCACCGCGCUCGUGAUGCUGUAUCUUACACUGACAAAUAUUUCAACAAGUUAAAAGGAGGCCUGCUGUCCACAGAUGACAAGGAGGAAAUGUGUCGGAUUGAAGAGGAACAGAGCUUUGAGGAAUUGAAGAUUUUGCGUGAACUGGUUCAUGAUCGAUUUCAUAAACAAGAAGAACUAGCAGAGAGUCUGCGGGAGCCUCAGCUUGAUUCUCCGGGAGCCUCUCUGGGAGACCCAGAACCUGGUGGAGGCAGUGGGAUGCUGCAUUAUCUUCAGUCCUGGUUUCCUGGAUGGGGUGGCUGGUACGGGCAGCAAACCCCAGAAGGGAAGGUGGUCGAGGGACUGUCAGCAGAGCAACAGGAGCAGUGGAUUCCCGAGGAGAUCCUGGGAACUGAGGAGUUUUUUGACCCCACUGCUGAUGCCUCGUGUAUGAACACAUACACAAAGCGAGAUCAUGUCUUUGCCAAACUGAAUUUGCAGUUGCAGCGGGGUACAGUGACUCUGUUACACAAGGAACAGGGAACUCCUCAAAUGAAUGAAAGCGCUUUCAUGCAGCUCGAGUUUUCAGAUGUAAAACUUCUAGCAGAGUCUCUUCCUCGAAGAAAUUCCUCUUUGCUUUCAGUCCGGUUGGGUGGACUGUUUCUUCGAGACUUGGCUACAGAAGGAACUAUGUUUCCUCUUCUAGUCUUCCCUAAUCCACAAAAAGAAGUUGGCAGAGUCUCACAAUCUUUUGGUCUACAGACUACAUCUGCAGACAGAAGUGAUCAUUACCCAGCUGCAGACCCAGAUGACCCAGUUUUUGAGAUGCUGUAUGAGAGAAAUCCAGCACAUAGCCACUUUGAGAGGCGGCUCGAUGUCAGCACAAGGCCCUUGAACAUCAUAUACAAUCCCCAGGCCAUUAAAAAAGUGGCGGACUUUUUCUACAAGGGAAAGGUUCAUACCUCAGGUUUUGGUUAUCAGUCUGAACUUGAGUUGAGAGUGGCUGAAGCUGCCCGAAGACAAUAUAACAAGCUGAAGAUGCAGACCAAGGCAGAAAUCCGGCAAACUCUUGAUCGUUUGCUAGUGGGUGAUUUCAUUGAGGAGAGUAAACGAUGGACAGUGCGACUGGAUAUUUCUGCCCCUCAGGUGAUAUUUCCUGAUGAUUUCAAAUUCAAGAAUCCUGUGUUAGUUGUUGUGGAUCUAGGAAGAAUGCUUUUGACGAAUACCCAAGAUGACUCUAAGAGAAAAAGUAGGGAUGGGUCAGCAUCUGAAGAGACCCAGUUUAGCGAUGAUGAAUAUAAGACCCCCCUGGCCACACCUCCUAACACCCCACCUCCCGAGACAAGCAGCAGCAAUGGAGAGAAAACUCCUCCCUUUGCUGGAGUUGAAUUCAGUGAAGAACAGCUUCAAGCACAUUUAAUGAGCACAAAGAUGUAUGAGAGGUACUCUCUGUCAUUUAUGGACCUCCAGAUCAUGGUUGGACGAGUGAAAGACAAUUGGAAACAUGUCCAGGAUAUUGAUGUGGGACCAACCCAUGUGGUGGAGAAGUUCAACGUUCACCUGCAGUUAGAGCGUCGAUUGAUUUACACUUCAGAUCCCAAAUAUCCAGGAGCCGUGCUGUCAGGCAACUUACCAGACUUAAAAAUCCACAUUAAUGAAGAUAAAAUAUCUGCACUAAAGAAUUGCUUUUCUCUCCUCACCACCCCAGAAAUGAAAACUUCGGACACUCAAAUUAAAGAAAAGAUUUUUCCCCAGGAGGAGCAGCGGGGAAGUUUGCAGGACUCGGUAAUGAAUUUAACCCAGAGCAUUGUGAUGUUGGAGCAGCAUACCCGGGAGGUUCUGGUGGAGUCGCAGCUCCUCCUGGCGGAAUUUAAAGUUAACUGUAUGCAGCUUGGUGUUGAGAGCAACGGCCACUAUAUUUCCGUGCUCAAGGUGUUUGGUACCAAUGCUCACUUUGUGAAGAGGCCUUAUGAUGCUGAAGUCUCCCUAACUGUGCAUGGUUUGCUCCUGGUAGAUACCAUGCAGACAUAUGGUGCUGAUUUUGACCUUUUGAUGGCCUCACAUAAGAACUUGAGCUUUGAUAUUCCAACAGGAAGCCUCCGGGAUAGCAGGGCCCAGUCUCCUGUCUCUGGACUAAAUACAGCCCACAUAGCUGAUGAAGCUGCAGUGAACGAUGGAUCAGCUACUAGUGUUUCGCUUGACAACAUUCUCAGCAAAGAACAGGAGUCUCUUAUUAAGUUGGAAUAUCAGUUUGUGAGUUCAGAGUGCCCAUCGAUGAAUUUGGAUAGCACUCUUCAGGUGAUUUCAUUACAGGUGAAUAAUUUAGAUAUUAUCCUCAAUCCAGAGACAAUUGUGGAGCUAAUUGGUUUUCUUCAAAAAUCCUUUCCCAAAGAAAAAGAUGAUUUAAGUCCUCAACCUUUAAUGACUGAUUUCGAAAGAAGCUUUAGAGAGCAAGGGACCUACCAGUCUACGUAUGAACAAAACACUGAGGUUGCAGUGGAAAUCCAUAGGCUUAACUUACUGCUUCUUCGGACAGUGGGAAUGGCCAAUGGAGAGAAAUAUGGCAGAAAAAUUGCAACUGCGAGUAUAGGUGGCACCAAAGUGAAUGUCUCAAUGGGUAGCAUGUUUGACAUGAAUGGUUCUCUCGGCUGUUUGCAGCUUAUGGAUCUGACACAUGAUAAUGUUAAAAACCAGUAUGUUGUCAGCAUUGGGAAUUCUGUAGGCUAUGAAAAUAUCAUCAGUGAUAUUGGCUACUUUGAAUCUGUGUUUGUCAGAAUGGAAGAUGCAGCCCUCACUGAAGCUUUGAGUUUCACGUUUGUUGAGAAAUCUAAACAGGAGUGUUUUCUCAACCUGAAGAUGGCUUCUUUACACUAUAACCACUCUGCUAAGUUUUUGAAGGAGUUGACUUUAUCCAUGGAUGAACUGGAAGAAAAUUUUCGAAGUAUGCUGAAAAGUGCAGCCACCAAAGUCACCACCGUACUAGCUACCAAGACUGCCGAGUAUAGCGAGAUGGUGUCGCUCUUUGAAACUCCAAGGAAGACUCGGGAACCCUUUAUCUUAGAGGAAAAUGAAAUAUAUGGGUUUGACCUAGCUUCAUCUCAUUCGGACACUGUAAAGCUAAUCUUGAACAUAAACAUUGAAUCACCAGUUGUUUCUAUCCCUCGGAAGCCGGGGAGUCCUGAGUUGUUGGUGGGACACUUGGGACAGAUAUUCAUCCAGAAUUUUGUGGCUGGAGAUGAUGAAUCCAGAAGUGACCGCCUGCAGGUGGAAAUCAAGGACAUUAAACUAUAUUCUUUGAAUUGUACCCAGUUGGCAGGUAGAGAAGCUGUUGGGUCUGAAGGAAGCCGGACCUUUUGCCCACCUUCCAGGUCUGGCAGUGCCAAUAGUCAGGAGGAAGCUCAUUUCACACGACAUGAUUUCUUUGAAUCUUUGCAUAGAGGUCAAGCUUUUCACAUCCUGAACAAUACUACCAUUCAGUUUAAACUGGAGAAGAUCCCUAUAGAGAGAGAAUCUGAAUUGACUUUUUCUCUUAGCCCAGAUGACCUGGGAACUUCUAGCAUCAUGAAGAUUGAAGGAAAAUUUGUCAAUCCAGUUCAGGUGGUAUUAGCAAAGCACGUGUAUGAGCAGGUUUUACAAACGCUGGACAAUCUCGUGUACAGUGAAGAUCUGAAUAAGUAUCCAGCCAGUGCUACCUCCUCUCCUUGCCCUGAUUCUCCUCUGCCUCCCCUCGGUACCUGUGAAGAAUCUUCCGUUGAAAGGAAGGAGAAUGGAUUGUUCAGCCACUCCAGCCUUUCUAACACCUCUCAGAAGUCCUUGUCAGUGAAGGAAGUCAAAUCCUUUACUCAGAUUCAAGCCACCUUUUGUAUAUCAGAGCUUCAGGUUCAGCUGAGUGGAGAUCUGACUUUGGGGGCCCAAGGUCUUGUGAGCUUAAAGUUUCAGGAUUUUGAGGUGGAGUUUAGCAAAGAUCAUCCCCAGACUUUAUCUAUCCAGAUUGCCCUGCGUUCUCUGCUGAUGGAGGACUUACUGGAGAAGAAUCCAGAUUCCAAAUAUAAGAACCUGAUGGUAUCUCGAGGAGCUCCUAAGCCAUCUAGUUUAGCACAAAAAGAAUAUCUUUCUCAGUCUUGCCCCUCAGUGUCCAAUGUGGAAUAUCCCGAUAUGCCUCGUUCUCUCCCUUCCCACAUGGAAGAAGCUCCUAAUGUCUUCCAGUUGUAUCAGAGACCCACCUCUACAUCCCGGAAAAAGCAAAAGGAAGUCCCAGACAAGGACUAUCCCUUGACCCCACCUCCUUCUCCAACAGCGAAUGAGCCCAAGAUACUUGUUGGAAAGAGUAAAUUUGAUGAUUCCUUAGUCCACAUCAACAUAUUCUUGGUAGAUAAGAAACAUCCAGAAUUCUCUUCCAGUUACAGUCGAGUGAACCGGAGCAUUGAUGUUGAUUUUAAUUGCUUGGAUGUGCUGAUCACACUGCAAACCUGGGUCGUGAUAUUAGACUUUUUUGGAAUCGGCUCCACUGCAGACAACCAUGCAAUGAGGGUGCCUCCUGAGGGCAUUCUACACAAUGUGAAGUCGGAGCCACAUGCCUCCAUGGAGUCUGGACUGGAUCCAGUGAACACCAAGCUGGAUCUCAAGGUUCAUUCACUUUCUCUGGUGCUGAAUAAGACAACCAGUGAGCUUGCCAAAGCAAAUGUGUCCAAAUUAGUAGCACACCUGGAAAUGAUUGAGGGAGACCUGGCCUUACAGGGCAGCAUUGGGAGUCUGUCUCUAAGUGACCUCACGUCCCAUGGAGAGUUCUACAGAGAACGGUUCACUACAAGUGGAGAAGAAGCACUUAUCUUCCAGACUUUUAAAUAUGGACGGCCUGACCCUCUGCUCCGGAGAGAACAUGACAUUCGCGUGAGCCUCCAGAUGGCCUCUGUGCAGUAUGUGCAUACUCAGCGUUUCCAGGCAGAGGUGGUGGCCUUCAUUCAGCAUUUCACUCAGCUGCAAGAUGUCUUAGGGCGCCAGCGAGCUGCUAUUGAGGGGCAGACGGUGAGAGAUCAAGCCCAGCGCUGUUCACGGGUUCUCCUGGAUAUUGAGGCUGGUGCUCCCGUUCUCCUGAUCCCAGAGAGUUCUAGGUCAAAUAAUCUGAUUGUAGCAAAUUUGGGGAAGUUGAAAGUGAAAAAUAAGUUUAUCUUUGCUGGUUUUCCUGGCACCUUUUCCUUACAUAAUAAGGAUUUGAUUUUACGUGGCAGUGCAUACAAGGACCGCGUUUUCUUCAAGGAAUCUGUGCCUUCAGCUCCCCCAACGGGUACUCCCAAACACAGUCUGAGGAAAACAACGAGCUCAGAGGAGCCCAAGGGAACCCAUUCCCAGGGGCAGUUCACAAUGCCUCUUGCUGGAAUGAGCCUGGGCAGCCUGAAGAGUGAGUUUGUGCCCAGUACCUCCACCAAGCAGCAAGGGCCACCACAACCCGCACUGUCUGUGGGCCAAGCGUCUAGUAGUCCAGAAGACCAUGUCUGCCUGCUGGAUUGCAUUGUCGUGGAUCUCCAGGACAUGGACAUCUUUGCUGCAGAGAGACAUCCAAGAGAAUACUCCAGGGCACCAGAGGACAAUAGUGGAGACCUCAUCUUCCCUUCCUAUUUUGUGCGACAGACAGGAGGAAGCUUCUUAACCGAGCCUUGUAGGCUGAAAUUGCAGGUGGAAAGGAAUUUGGAUAAAGAAAUAAGUCAUACUGUGCCAGACAUAUCUAUCCAUGGCAAUCUCUCCUCAGUCCACUGCUCUCUGGAUCUAUGUAAAUACAAGCUGAUUCGUGGCUUGUUAGAGAACAACCUGGGAGAACCCAUAGAAGAAUUUAUGCGGCCUUAUGAUUUACAAGAUCCAAGAAUUCAUACUGUUCUGAGUGGAGAAGUGUACACUUGCAUGUGCUUCCUCAUUGAUAUGGUGAAUGUAAGUCUGGAGCUUAAAGAUCCCAAAAGAAAAGAAGGUGCUGGGUCCCUAGCCAGAUUUGACUUCAAGAAAUGUAAACUGCUCUAUGAAAGUUUUUCCAACCAAACCAAGUCCAUUAACUUGGUUUCCCAUUCCAUGAUGGCUUUUGACACCCGUUAUGCUGGGCAGAAGACCAGCCCUGGGAUGACAAAUGUGUUCAGCUGUAUCUUUCAGCCCGCUAAGAACAGCAGCACCAGCCAAGGAUCCAUUCAGAUUGAACUGCAUUUCAGAUCUACCAAGGAUUCCUCCUGCUUUACAGUAGUUCUCAACAAUCUCCGUGUGUUUCUCAUAUUUGACUGGCUACUGUUAGUCCAUGAUUUUCUCCAUACUCCCAGUGAUAUUAAGAAACAAAGUCAUGUUACUCCUUCUCGUCACCGUAACUCUAGCAGUGAAUCUGCUAUAGUUCCCAAAACUGUGAAGAAUGGAGUAGUUACCAAGCGAUCUUCCCUUCCUGUGUCCAACGAAAGGCAUCUGGAGGUCAAGGUCAAUGUAACAGGCACGGAGUUUGUGGUCGUUGAAGAUGUGUCCUGCUUCGACACCAAUGCCGUUAUUCUGAAAGGUACCACGGUGCUCACCUAUAAGCCCCGGUUUGUUGAUCGCCCCUUUUCAGGAAGUUUGUUUGGCAUCGAGGUGUUUUCAUGCCGACUAGGGAAUGAGCAUGAUACAGCUCUUUCAAUUGUGGAUCCCGUACAAAUUCAAGUGGAGUUGGUAGGGAAUUCUUCUUAUCAAAAUAGUUCAGGAUUGAUGGAUGCAUUCAAUAGUGAAGAUUUCCCACCUGUCCUAGAGAUUCAGUUACAAGCCCUGGAUAUCAGACUCUCCUAUAACGAUGUUCAGCUAUUUCUUGCCAUUGCAAAAUCCAUCCCAGAGCAAGCUAAUGCUGCAGUGCCAGACUCAGUGGCCCUGGAGUCAGACUCCGUUGGCAGUCACCUUCCAGGUGCAUCUCACAUUGGAGAGGAAAUCAGAGAAGGGACAAGACACACCUUAGAUCCUGUCUUGGAGUUACAACUGGCUAGACUGCAGGAGCUGGGAUUCAGCAUGGAUGAUUGUCGCAAAGCUCUUUUGGUGUGUCAAGGCCAAUUGAAAAAGGCAGCAAGUUGGUUGUUUAAGAAUGCGGAACCUCUGAAGUCUCUUUCCUUGGCCUCCACCAGCGGUGAUCGCCCGGGGGCUGUGGCAGCACCGUUGAUCUCUGGCGUGGAGAUCAAAGCCGAGAGUGUGUGCAUCUGUUUCAUCGAUGACUGCAUGGAUUGUGAUGUUCCUCUCGCUGAACUCACCUUUUCCCGUCUGAAUUUUCUUCAGCAUGUGAGAACUAGCCCUGAAGGCUACGCCCACUUCACCCUUUCUGGAGAUUAUUAUAACCGUGCUCUUUCAGGCUGGGAGCCAUUUAUUGAGCCUUGGCCAUGCUCUGUAUCCUGGCAACAGCAGGCAGCUAGUCGUCUCCAUCCUCCUCGACUGAAGCUAGAAGCCAAGGCCAAACCCCGUUUGGAUAUCAAUAUCACUUCUGUGUUAAUUGACCAGUAUGUAAGUACCAAGGAAUCGUGGAUGGCAGAUUACUGUAAAGAUGAGAAGGAAAUAGAGUCAACUAAAUCAGAAGACUGGAUGGGCUCUUCGGUGGAUCCUCCAUGUUUUGGACAAAGCCUCCCCCUUGUCUACCUUAGAACUAGGAGUACAGCCAGUCUGACUAACCUAGAGCACCAGAUCUAUGCUAGAGCAGAGGUGAAGACCCCUAAGCGCCGGCAGCCAUUUGUCCCCUUUGCGCUGAGGAAUCACACGGGGUGCACUUUGUGGUUUGCCACCCUGACCACCACACCCACCAGGGCUGCAUUGUCUCACAGUGGGAGUCCAGGGGUAGUUCCAGAAGGGAAUGGAACAUUUCUCGAUGAUGCUCACAAUGUUAGUGAAUGGCGAGAAGUCCUCACAGGUGAAGAGAUUCCCUUUGAAUUUGAAGCAAGAGGAAAGUUAAGACACAGACACACCCAUGACCUCCGGAUUCAUCAACUGCAAGUGAGAGUAAAUGGCUGGGAGCAAGUGAGCCCAGUGUCUGUGGACAAAGUCGGGACCUUUUUUCGAUAUGCAGCACCAGAUAAAAAUUUAUCUUCCUCUACGAUUGGCAGCCCAAGCAGCAGAACAAAUAUUAUACAUCCCCAGGUUUAUUUCUCUUCACUCCCACCAGUGCGGGUGGUCUUUGCAGUGACUAUGGAAGGCAGUGCGCGGAAGGUGAUCACUGUCCAGUCAGCCCUCAUUGUGAGGAACAGACUUGAGACGCCAAUGGAACUAAGACUGGAUAGCCCGUCAGCUCCAGACAAGCCAGUGGUGCUUCCUGCUGUCAUGCCAGGGGAUUCGUUUGCGGUGCCUUUACACCUCACUUCUUGGCGGCUACAGGCUCGGCCCAAAGGAUUGGGUGUAUUUUUCUGUAAGGCUCCUAUUCAUUGGACCAAUGUAGUGAAGACUGCAGAGAUUAGUAGCAGUAAACGAGAAUGCCACUCUAUGGACACAGAAAAAAGCCAGUUUUUCAGGUUUUGUGUGGCUAUAAAGAAAGAGAAUUAUCCAGAUUAUAUGCCCUCAAACAUAUUUUCUGACAGCGCAAAACAGAUUUUCAGACAGCCUGGGCACACCAUAUAUCUCCUGCCAACCGUGGUAGUCUGCAACUUGCUACCCUGUGAACUUGAUUUUUAUGUUAAAGGAAUGCCAAUUAAUGGGACACUGAAACCUGGCAAGGAGGCAGCCCUCCACACAGCUGAUACAUCCCAGAACAUUGAACUAGGGGUAUCACUGGAGAAUUUCCCUCUCUGUAAAGAAUUGCUCAUUCCACCUGGAACCCAAAACUAUAUGGUGAGAAUGCGACUCUAUGACGUCAACCGUCGGCAGCUAAACCUCACCAUCCGGAUUGUGUGUCGAGCAGAAGGAUCCUUAAAGAUCUUCAUUUCUGCUCCAUAUUGGCUGAUUAACAAAACAGGAUUGCCGCUGAUCUUCAGACAGGACAAUGCCAAGACAGAUGCUGCAGGCCAGUUUGAGGAGCAUGAGCUGGCCCGGAGCCUGAGUCCUCUCUUAUUCUGCUAUGCUGACAAAGAGCAGCCAAACCUCUGCACGAUGAGAAUCGGAAGGGGGAUUCAUCCAGAAGGCAUGCCGGGCUGGUGUCAGGGCUUCUCCCUGGAUGGUGGUAGUGGUGUCCGAGCUUUGAAAGUCAUCCAGCAAGGAAACCGCCCAGGGCUGAUCUAUAACAUUGGUAUUGAUGUCAAGAAAGGCCGAGGUCGAUACAUUGAUACCUGCAUGGUCAUCUUUGCCCCCCGUUACCUGUUAGAUAAUAAGUCAUCUCACAAGCUUGCAUUUGCACAGAGAGAAUUUGCCAGGGGACAGGGAACAGCCAAUCCCGAAGGUUACAUUUCCACCCUUCCUGGUUCCAGUGUGGUGUUCCACUGGCCUCGGAAUGACUAUGAUCAGCUAUUGUGCGUCAGACUGAUGGAUAUUCCCAAUUGUAUUUGGUCUGGAGGCUUUGAAGUCAACAAGAAUAAUUCCUUCCAUAUCAACAUGAGGGAUACCUUGGGAAAAUGCUUCUUCCUACGAGUGGAAAUUACUCUCCGAGGAGCUACGUAUAGAAUCUCAUUUAGUGACACAGAUCAGUUACCUCCUCCUUUCCGAAUUGACAACUUUUCUAAGGUCCCGGUUGUCUUUACUCAGCAUGGCGUAGCUGAACCCAGGCUCCGGACUGAAGUGAAGCCCAUGACUUCAUUGGAUUAUGCCUGGGACGAACCCACCUUGCCACCUUUUAUCACUCUGACUGUUAAAGGGGCAGGGUCCUCUGAGAUCAACUGCAACAUGAAUGAUUUCCAGGAUAAUCGGCAGCUUUAUUAUGAAAAUUUCAUUUAUAUUGCUGCUACAUAUACAUUCUCUGGCUUGCAGGAGGGAACAGGCAGGCCUGUGGCUUCCAACAAGGCCAUUACCUGUGCAGAGCUCGUCUUGGAUGUCUCACCCAAGACACAAAGAGUCAUUUUAAAGAAGAAGGAACCAGGAAAGCGUUCUCAGCUAUGGAGGAUGACAGGAACAGGAAUGCUUGCUCAUGAGGGCUCUUCAGUUCCUCACAACCCCAAUAAGCCCUCAGCUGCCCGCUCCACCGAGGGGUCUGCCAUCUUAGAUAUUGCUGGUCUCGCUGCAGUGACUGACAACAGAUAUGAGCCGCUGAUGCUGAGAAAGCCUGACCGCAGGCGAAGUACAACUCAGACGUGGAGUUUCCGAGAAGGAAAACUGACGUGUGGGUUACAUGGGUUGGUUGUCCAGGCCAAAGGAGGACUUUCUGGUUUGUUUGAUGGCGCUGAAGUUGUUCUGGGUCCUGACACUUCCAUGGAGCUUUUGGGGCCAGUUCCACCUGAACAACAAUUUAUUAAUCAAAAAAUGAGACCUGGUUCUGGAAUGUUAUCCAUCAGAGUCAUCCCAGAUGGACCAACCAGAGCACUCCAGAUUACAGAUUUCUGCCAACGGAAAAGUGACCGUUCAUAUGAAGUGGAUGAACUUCCUGUCACCGAAAAAGAGCUGCAAAAAUUAAAGAAUCCAGAUACAGAACAGGAAUUGGAAGUGCUUGUGAGGUUAGAAGGUGGAAUAGGGUUGUCCUUAAUUAAUAAAGUCCCAGAAGAACUGGUCUUUGCAAGUCUUACAGGAAUCAAUGUGCACUAUACACAGCUGGCAACCAGUCACAUGCUUGAACUCAGCAUACAGGAUGUACAGGUGGACAAUCAGCUCAUCGGCACCACGCAGCCCUUCAUGCUCUAUGUGACUCCCCUGAGCAAUGAGAAUGAGGUCAUCGAGACUGGACCAGCCGUGCAAGUCAACGCAGUGAAGUUCCCCAGUAAGAGUGCACUGACCAACAUCUACAAGCAUCUGAUGAUCACAGCUCAGAGAUUCACAGUGCAAAUUGAGGAGAAACUGCUCCUCAAGCUGCUAAGUUUCUUUGGCUACGAUCAAGCAGAAUCAGAGGUUGAAAAAUAUGAUGAAAACCUCCAUGAAAAGACAGUCGAGCAAGGUGGAACACCAGUUCGAUACUACUUUGAAAAUCUCAAAAUCAGCAUUCCUCAGAUCAAGCUAAGUGUGUUCACCUCCAACAAGCUGCCACUGGAUCUUAAGGCCCUAAAAAGUACCUUGGGAUUUCCUUUGAUACGGUUUGAAGAUGCUGUGAUUAAUCUAGAUCCAUUCACUCGGGUACAUCCCUAUGAGACCAAGGAGUUCAUCAUCAAUGAUAUCCUCAAACAUUUCCAGGAGGAACUCCUCAGCCAGGCAGCUAGAAUCCUGGGAUCAGUGGAUUUUCUUGGCAAUCCUAUGGGGCUUUUGAAUGAUGUUUCCGAAGGGGUUACUGGACUGAUAAAGUAUGGAAAUGUUGGGGGCCUCAUCAGAAAUGUUACACACGGGGUAUCAAACUCUGCAGCCAAGUUUGCCGGGACAUUAUCAGAUGGCUUAGGGAAGACGAUGGACAAUCGGCAUCAGUCAGAGCGGGAGUACAUCAGGUACCACGCAGCCACAAGUGGUGAACACCUCGUAGCCGGCAUCCACGGCCUGGCUCAUGGUAUCAUUGGUGGACUGACCAGUGUUAUAACUUCAACAGUGGAAGGUGUGAAAACAGAAGGCGGUGUCAGCGGUUUCAUAUCUGGCCUUGGAAAAGGGCUUGUUGGCACUGUAACCAAGCCAGUGGCAGGCGCCCUGGAUUUUGCAUCAGAAACAGCCCAGGCGGUGAGAGACACAGCCACACUUAGUGGCCCCAGGACUCAAGCACAGAGGGUUCGGAAACCGCGAUGCUGCACAGGGCCCCAGGGGCUGCUUCCCCGAUAUUCAGAGAGCCAGGCGGAAGGACAGGAGCAGCUCUUCAAACUCACGGACAACUCUCAGGAUGAAUUCUUCAUCGCCGUGGAGAACAUUGACAGCUACUGCGUGCUCAUCUCCUCCAAAGCAGUUUACUUCCUGAAAAGUGGAGACUACGUGGACCGAGAAGCCAUUUUCCUAGAAGUCAAAUACGAUGACCUCUACCACUGCCUUGUCUCCAAAGACCAUGGGAAAGUGUACGUGCAGGUGACCAAGAAGGCCGUGAGCACGAGCAGUGGAGUGUCCAUCCCAGGCCCUUCCCACCAGAAGCCGAUGGUCCACGUGAAAUCUGAGGUCCUCGCUGUCAAGUUGUCACAAGAAAUAAACUACGCAAAGAGCCUCUACUAUGAACAACAGCUUAUGUUGAGACUCAGUGAAAACCGAGAGCAGCUGGAGCUGGACUCCUGAAGCCCCAGCUGCCCAGACGCACGCUCCCGUCGCGGCCAGACCCGGGAGGAAAGAGGCCGAGCUCAAGGCUUACGUUAGAGGCGGAGCCAGAGUCGGCUUUAGGGAAGUUGUCAUGGAAUGAGGGAAGGUAAAUGCUCAUUAGGAAAAAUGCAAAUGGAAAUCAUAUUAAUUUGUGAGGCAGGGAGUUAGUUUAGAUUGUGAGAAUUAAUUUUUAAAGGUAUUGGUUAAAUAACAUUUAAAAACAUGUACUGAGAUGAAUCUAAUUUUUAGAUUGCCCUGUAUUUUGUUAACAUGUAUAUAUGUACAACUGUGUGUUUGUAAAUAUAUAGGAACAUUUCUGAACAGGGCCUGUGCUGUGUGUAAAGGUUUGUUAACUGUAAAGUAAUAUAAAAUUAUAUUGGAUCUUCUAUUGCACUAAUUCUACAUGUCUAAUUCAGGAUACUGUCUAUAGAAAGUCAUUCUUAAAAGUUAAAGAAUGUUAUGUCUUAGUUUUGGAGACUAAAGUAUUCCCAGGAAAGUGGGUUGAGGUGAGAGCUGUGUCCCUGAGGAGGGACGCCUUUGACAUCGUGGCUGUCCAGUUGGUCCAUGAGCGGUGGCACCCAAGACUGGCGCUGGCCCUUCCAAAGGAUCUAGGAGAGGGGCUUGGGAGCCCACCUUUAAUUUCUGAGCCCAAUUUUACAAAGAGUGCUUAGAUUCUCACAAAUGAUGUAAGUUACCUCUUUGGCUUUUUCCUAACUAGUCUUAACCAAACUUGGAGGGAAACCUGCGUUCUGUUACCACACACGUGCAAAUCAGCAUUCUCAGUUUUCUCAGGUUAUUACUAGAGAGGGUUGAAACAUGGUUAAACUCUGUUGAUUGAGAAGGAGAAGAAAAAUCCCAUUGAACUGUUGCAACAAAUCAGAAAUCCACAUAAGCGUGCUCUCCUUCCUGGGCACCAAGAACAAAGCCCUGCAACUCUUUUCUUUUUAAUAAAGCCACCUGCAGGCAUCACAGCUCCACAGCCCGAGGGGACACAGGGAUGGUAACCCCAGGAUAAGAAAGGAUGGGGGAGAUUCCAGAGAGGGGGAUGAAGUAGGAGUACUAAAAAGCUGUAUUUGUAACCUUUUCGUGGAACCAAGAUUUGACGAAAGCGUCUCUUAUCCUUAGUUUUAAAUUCCGGCUGGGAGCAAGGCCUGGUGUGAGCACCCUGGGUCUUGCUUUCGGUGUUUCUCUUUUCUGUAAGGAUUAAGCCAAUAGGGAGAGGGGAAAAGGGGCCUCACUUUAGAAUGAAUGACUCACCUUGUGAUUUUUAAAUUUUUAUUUUAAUAAAGCUAAUCAAUUUCUACAACCUUGUCACAUGUAGCUGAGUCUGGGAUGACUCAGUGGAUGCGUGGAAGAUUUUGGUGUUUAUAACUCAUGACCCAAAUCCUUCCAAGACACAAAUGAAGCUAAUCUCCUUCCCCCCUUUCCUCUCCCACUUCCCCUCCGUGUUUGUGUGUGUGUCUGUGUGUGUAUGUCUGUUUGUGUAUGUGUGUCUGUGUGUGUGUGUGCCCACAUGCACGCGUGCAGAGAGGAAGGAAGGGAGCUUUAGCACAAGUGCUUUAGUUACCUAGUGUUCAAGGAUCAGCUUUCUUAAACUGAGGCUUGGAGGCCUUCACUGAACUCCAAAUGAGUGGAUUGCAGAAUAGAAACUUGGCUUUUGCAGCAUUGGGUGGGUUUUAGUUUGUUUGUGUUUUGCUGGGGGGUAGUCAUGAUUGUAUCAGCACUUAUGCACUGCUCAAGAUCGCAGCAGAAGGCAGCCAAGUGGCAGCCCCUCCCCAGCUUCCUCCUCAGCCUCCCUCCUUGCACCCCCACGAGUUUGGCUUGUGGUUUUUGUCAUCAGUAACCCGCUGCCUGAGAUCAUGAUCUCUUAAAAGAUGAGACUCUCUGAAGGGUUGAUUGUAUGCGUCAGUGAGCUUUCUGUCGCCUUCUGGAACAAAGUCACUUGAAAUUUCUUGAUGAGAUUAAGGAGUUUAGUAUUACUAAAGAAUCUGCUUUGGGCCGCAGCAGCUCGGGGGAUUCUCAGAUCUCACUGCAGGAAGCUUAGUUGUGGGCUGCCCUGUAGGCUGGUACUUUAGGAAGAAUCCAGAGAAGUGUUUAGAUGCCCUCCUUGGGCUCCUUUCUAAUUUUAGUCAGCUCUUUAAAUAGCUGCCCAUCUCCUGUGAUUGCACAACCAAGCACUUUGACAUUUGCACCUUAGGAGAGGCAGAUGUUAAAAUGGAAUCCAAAGACCAACUAGAGUGGGGCUAGGUGGGAGGUGGAAGGGCCACUGCUGUCUGCUCCACUUCUCAGCUCUCCCUGCUGUGCAGCCCUGGGCCAGGCAUGGCCAGAAGGUUUCAGGGACAUUUGACAUCCACUCCUGGUUCUCACCAGGAAAUCAUCCAAAGCUUUGGAGGAAGCAGGCCCUGCCCCUGGCUCCUUGAAUGCCCGUUUCUUUCUAAGUUGCUAUUCAGACAGCAAUGUCUCAGACUUCGUUAUGAUCAUUUCUGCCGCUUUCCUUUCUGCCUCAAACACACAGUUCAUCUCUGAGGAAAGUAAAAUAAAUGGAAUAAGGGGAAAUUGGGUAAGGAGCUCUCCAAAGCCACCCAGUCCUUUGACCCAGCACAGUUGGCUACCCGUGUCACUGCCUGGCUGUCUGCUUCUCUCUGCUCACUGAAAGGUGAGCCAGGCCCUGGGCCUGGUCACUACAGUGGGAAACAGACAAGCGGCCCCUCCCCUAACCCUAGAGUGUCAUGCUGCUUGGUGGGGACUCACCUCAGUGUUCCGAAGGCUCCAGGGCCACUUUGUUUGUAAGUAUAAUCUGUGCCUCAAAAUACCAUAGUAGCUGCUUGAUAAAAUAAUAAAAAUAAAAUACCUGGUUCUCUAUUAUGUAAGCACUAUUACAGUCACCAGUGUGUUAAGACUCUGGAGUCUGGUUCUCAUAACAGAGUCGUCACUUUUCUUCCUGUGGAAUAAAAUGCUCUGUGGACUUCCCAAA